AUGUUGGCCCGCCGCUCCUCCUCUGUCGCUGCCACGUCUGCCGUCAGGCUCACGUCUUCGACUGUCACUGCUUCCGGCCUUGUCCGACCGGCUGCCUCCGCCACUGCCGUCAUCUCCAGCCGCAAUGCCUCCACCAAGAGCAAGGCCCAGCAGCUGCGCGACAUGCUCACGUCGAACCAGCUCGAGUACAUCAUGGAGGCCCACAACGGCCUGAGCGCCAAGAUCGUCGAGGAGGCCGGUUUCAAGGGCAUCUGGGGCUCUGGCCUGUCCAUCUCCGCCCAGCUCGGCGUCAGGGACAGCAACGAAGCGUCCUACACUCAGGUCCUCGAAUUCAUGAGCGACAACACCUCGAUCCCCAUCUUGCUUGAUGGCGACACUGGCUACGGCAACUUCAACAACGCCAGGCGUCUCAUCAGGAAGCUGGAGCAGAGGGGCGUCGCCGGUGUGUGCAUUGAGGACAAGCUCUUCCCCAAGACCAACUCGCUGCUCGAGGGCGUGAGCCAGCCCCUCGCCGACAUCGACGAGUUCUGCGGCAAGAUCCAGGCCUGCAAGGACGCCCAGAAGGAUGACGCCUUCUCUGGGGCGAAAUAUUACGACCCCGUCGUGUAA